AGAAGGAGCCUGCGCCGCGGCCGCCGCUGUUGACAACAUGGCGGCUGCCGCCUCCUCCUCCGCCUCGGUGUGGGGCGCGGGAGGCGGCGGCGGGAGGAGGAAGAGGAAGGAGACCCAGCAGCCCUGAGGGAAGGCCUAGGCCUGACCCGCCGGCGCCGCCAUGUCUUUCUUCAGGCGGAAAGUGAGAGGCAGAGAGCACCAGAAGCCAGCAGAAGCCAGGGCAACGAAAGAGUCUGGACUGGCUCAGAUGCCCGGCAAUUUUGCGGCUGCACCAGGAUAUUCUCCGCAGAGAGGUACCAGGAACCAUGCCUUGCUCGAGGCCGCCGGACCAAGCCACGUGGCGAUCAACGCCAUCUCGGCCAACAUGGAAUCCUGCAGCAGUCGCACAGCCGCCCUUAAGAAGCAGCCCAGCCACAUGGAAGCUGCACACUUCGGAGACCUGGGCCGCUCCUGCCUGGAUUACCAAGCUCAAGAAACCAAGUCGAGCCUCUCCAAGACGUUGGCACAAGUCCUGCGCGACCCCGUGGCCCUCCCGUACUUCACCCAGUAUAUGGAGCUCCACCGCAUGGAACACUUGGUCCGAUUCUGGCUGGAAGCCGAGACUUUCCGCUCCACCACCUGGUCCCGCAUCAGAGCACACAGCUUAAACACGGUGAAGCACAGUUCCCUGGCCGAGCCGGUGUCCCCUUGCCUGAAGCAGCAGCAUCAGGACCCACCUGGGUUUCCCCCCUUCGGCGAAUCGCUCAACGGAGGACUGGACGACCGGUGUCCCUCCGAACCCUCUUUGGCAUGUUUCAACCGGUCAACUUUGACUCUUCGGAACCAUUUGCUGCUUGGCCAAGGCGGUGAUAAACCCCAUUUGGGGUUGACUCCGUCAGAAGACGAGGACUGUCCUGUUCCGGGUGACCCUCAAGAUGCUUCCGUGGUCUCAGCGUCCAAUAGAAAUAGCCCUUCCUUUGCACUAAAGGACUUGUCAGGAAAACUCAUGAAAAGUAUUGAACGGGAUGCCGUGACCAUUUUUACCAAAUAUAUCUCUCCCGAUGCUGCUAAACCAAUACCCAUUACAGAGCUGAUGAGAAAUGACAUUGUGGCCAAAAUCUGCGGGGAAGAUGGACAGGUGGACCCCAACUGCUUCGUCAUGGCACAGUCGGUGGUGUUUAACGCCAUGGAACAAGAGCACUUUAGCGAAUUCCUGCGAAGCCAUCACUUCUGCAAAUACCAGAUCGAGGUGCUGACCAGCGGGACCGUCUACCUGGCCGAUAUCCUCUUCUGUGAAUCGGCCCUUUUCUACUUCUCAGAGUUCAUGGAGAAAGAAGACGCGGUCAACAUCUUGCAAUUUUGGCUGGCCGCAGACAAUUUCCAGUCCCAGCUGGCAGCCAAGGAAGGCCAGUACGACGGGCAGGAGGCCCAGAACGAUGCCAUGAUCUUGUACGAUAAGUACUUCUCUCUUCAGUCCACUCAUCCUCUCGGCUUCGAUGACUACGUACGGUUGGAGAUUGAGUCCAAUAUCUGCAGGGAAGGCGGACCCCUCCCCAACUGCUUCACCACUCCACUGCGACAGGCCUGGACCACCAUGGAGAAGGUUUUCUUACCCAGCUUCCUGUCCAGCAAUCUUUAUUACAAAUACUUGAAUGACCUCAUCCAUUCGGUCCGGGGAGAUGAGUUUGCCGGCGGAGGUCUCGCCUUCAACGUUCACGGUCUUGGCAACGUUUCCAACCACUACUCCCACGUGGGUGCUGCGGACAGCGGGGCUGCUUCUCAGCCCAGCCUCAAAAAGGCCAAUGUAAAAAUCCUGAAAAACUUUGAUGAAGCAAUAAUUGUUGAUGCUGCCAGCCUGGACCCCGAGUCUCUCUAUCAGCGGACCUACGCUGGGAAGAUGACGUUUGGCCGCGUGAGCGACCUGGGCCAGUUCAUUAGGGAAUCGGAGCCAGAACCGGACCUCAAGAAGUCCAAAGGGUCCAUGUUUUCACAAGCAAUGAAGAAAUGGGUGCAAGGAAAUACAGAUGAGGCCCAAGAGGAGAUGGCCUGGAGAAUAGCCAAGAUGAUCGUCAACGACGUCAUGCAACAGGCCCAACCCCCGGAGGCAGCGGUCGAAAAGGUGACUAAGCUAUGAUCUUCAGGAGCUUCUGCCUAUGAAGUGAAGCGGAGCCGGAUUCUCUCCCCCUCACCCAAAAACCCCUUCCUCACGGCUGCCUGCCCAGCGCCCCGUACCCUAAUCAGCGGGUGCAUUUCCCCCCGCUUGAGUGGGGGGGGAAGAGUCUUACCUUUCUCUCUCUCGAGACCCAAUUGAAGGAAGUUUCCCCAACUCUUUCUACCAAGGAUUCGCCUUCUGGACUACAGUUAGGCACGGAGAAGAAAAAAAAAAUUGCCCCUUAAGUUUUCCGAGCUGCGUUUUUUUUGUUGUUUGUUGUUAUUGCAAACUUUAAAGGAAAAAAAAGAAAAAAAAAGAAGACCUUUGCAAUCAAAAAGGCUCAGGGUACCUUCGGACUUCGCGACCGACAGAGGGAGCAGUUUUAAAAACCCUGGAACCAUUUUGGGAAAGAUCCUUUGAAAUAAUGAAGUAUUCCAUUAACUGGAUUCUUUGCCUCGUGCAUUUUUGGGCCAGUCCGGAAAAAAGAGAUAAGAAGUUGGAGACAAAACAAUUUUUUUUUUAUUUUAAAAAAAAAAAAAGGACCCUUCCACUUUUCUCUCUCUUCUUCGCCUUCCGAAAAAACGCCUCUCUCACUCUGCAAAAACGACAUUUCAGCCGUCUGAGAAAAACGCAAGAAGAAGAAAAAAAAUAAGCAAUGGGACUUUUGUGCGUUUCCUGUUUUCGUUUGCAAAUAUGUCCAUUUAAGGCAAAACAACAACUCUAGUCCGGUUUUUAGACGUUAAUUCAGGGUUUUUUUUGCUGAAUUGUUUCAGAUUCCGACCUUUCUACUUUUCUCCUUUAACGCAAUUUGGGUAGGGGGUCGGUUGCCUCUUCUUCUUCUUCUUUUUUUUCCCCCCCUUUUUCCUUUCUCCAAAUAAAUCCGAAACUUCCUCCGAUCUCCAGCGCUUGCCACGCGCGAGAACAUUUUACAAGAGUUUGGAAUACUUGAGACAAAAAUCCAGUCCGUUGUGCUUAUAGGGUUUUUCCCCCCCCCCCCUUUCUGUUAUUUUUUUUUUUUUUUCUGUUUUGACGUUUUUAUCUCUUCGGAGGGGUUAUUAUUUUUUUUUACGUUGUCAUUGGCGUUUGUUUCCUGAAGACUUGUGCAAAAAAGAACGAAGGAAAGGAUUUAUUAUCUCAAACUACCUUUAGGAAAGUUUUUGAUUUGUCUCCAGCCAUUUGAAAGUGGAAUAGACUAUAAAACGCACAUCACUUUGCGGCAUCGGCUGGAGCGAGACGUCGUCAAGAAAAGCGAAAACAAGUUGUGUAUAGGUUUCUUUGGUACUGUGUACCACCUUAUUGUCUGAUACCCAAGUAUUCCAGUACUCAAACCAUAUUUAAUUGUGUUUUGAUUGAAAUAUAAAUAUAUAUCUAUAUAUAAAUUA